CAGCCUCGUCCAAUACCGGCGGGACAGCAUCCAUCAGCUCGAAUCAGACUUCACCCGCCAACACACGCAAGUCGACAUUUCCAAUCUCGCACUCGAAAAAAGAUCGCUCGUUGUGCGCGACCAUCCGCCAUCUCCCACUGGAACUACUUAUGUUGAUGUUCCGUCAAUUCGAACACAAUACUAGGUUAAGCGAUCCUUGUUCCGCGUAUAUGCGUAGAUCACGGCAUGUCCUUGUUGCACAUAAACCGAGGCUGGGGUCUGCAAUGCGCAUUGGCUCUUUGGUUGGGAUUUCCAUUGGAGCAUACUUGGGAGUGUGCACGUGUUAUGCCCGUCAUCCCCUCUGGCUCUGCCACCCCGGUAUUCGAAUAUUGUAUUCCAACAAACCUUGCGCCUGACAAGCCCGAUUUACAGAUCUUCUCGACUCCGCCUUGGCAGUCUCCGGGUGCCUCGCGUACAUAUACUCUCAGCAUUCGCCGACUCUACAACGGUCCUCCCCUCCCUCCGCCACCUAGAAUGGGCGCUCAGCGACUGUACACGGCUUAUCGCCUCCACCAACAGUACAAACCAGCUUACCCCGACUGUCGAAAGGGCCGUUCCCAUGCAAGCUACCCAUCGCACGCAACUCGCUCGGCCUCCGUCUCUAUAAACCUCGCAUAUAUUUCCUUCCCUGUCCUUCACGUCCUCAAACCGGUUUGCCGACACUGUACUCGUCACUCUGGCUAUCAGCCGGGCACGCUGAUCUUCCAUGACGUCAUCGGCAUUCAUUCCAGAUUCUCCUCGUGCCUCCUCACCCGCUGAAAUCUGCUCGUAAGCAACGAGAGUGUGUACGAUGUCUUCCCUAUCUUGAGGACUUGAGUAGUACGCACAAGACGAGGCGGUUCGAGGAGAUGCCGAGGAUGGUCAAAGCGAGGAACGAUUGCCAGCACAACGACCC